AAGGAAACGAGGCAAAAACCUAAUAAAUUCAAAACUAAAAAAAAGGGAAAAAAGUGAAAAAAGAGUAAAACAAUAGCGGUAACAGCGGCUCCUCCUUCAUCUACACUAGCACGCGCAGCAAUUAUAACCUCAAAAGGAGAUUUAGCAAUUCUCCUUUCUGUACAAAAAAAAAAAGAGUAAAACAGCAACGAGAAAGCGAAGAUGAAUCCAGGAGCGCAGAACUACCCGAUGGCCUCGCUUUACGUAGGUGAUCUACAUUCCGACAUCACCGAAGCCAUGCUUUUUGAGAAAUUUUCAUCAGCCGGUCCCGUACUCUCCAUACGCGUCUGCCGUGACGCUGUCACUCGUCGUUCCCUCGGCUAUGCCUACGUCAAUUUCCAGCAACCUGCUGACGCGGAAAGAGCUCUUGAUACUAUGAAUUUUGACAUGAUAAAAGGGCGUCCGAUCCGUAUAAUGUGGUCGCAGCGUGAUCCAUCACUUAGACGAUCUGGCGUUGGGAAUGUCUUUAUCAAAAACUUGGAUAAAAAUAUUGACAAUAAAGCCAUGUAUGAUACAUUCUCGGCUUUUGGCAAUAUACUCAGCUGCAAGGUCGCUCAGGAUGAAUCAGGCUCGUCCAAAGGUUACGGUUUCGUGCACUUUGAAACUGAAGAAGCUGCUAAUAAAUCUAUUGAUAAAGUGAAUGGAAUGUUGCUGAAUGGGAAAAAGGUCUACGUGGGUAAGUUUAUCUCGCGCAAGGAGCGUGAAAAGGAACUCGGCGAGAAGGCCAAACUCUUCACAAAUGUGUACGUGAAGAACUUUGGUGAAGAUAUGACAGAUGACAAGUUGAAAGAGAUGUUCGAGAAGUACGGCACUAUUACCAGCCACAAAGUUAUGAGUAAGGAUGAUGGCAAGUCACUAGGUUUUGGCUUCGUCGCGUUUGAGGAUCCAAGCGCGGCGGAUCGAGCCGUCGCCGAUCUGAAUGGAAAGGAGAUAUCCGAAGGCAAGAUUAUGUACGUCGGCAGGGCGCAAAAGAAGGCCGAGCGUCAACAAGAGCUUAAGCGCAAAUUUGAACAAUUAAAGAUCGAGAGGCUUACUAGGUAUCAAGGAGUCAAUCUAUAUGUCAAGAAUUUGGAUGAUACCAUAGAUGACGAACGUCUUCGAAAGGAGUUCUCUCCCUUCGGAACAAUAACCUCCGUUAAGGUAAUGAUGGAAGAUGCGCGCAGCAAGGGCUUCGGCUUCGUAUGCUUCUCGUUACCGGAGGAGGCAACCAAGGCCGUGACCGAAAUGAACGGACGUAUCGUCGGAUCGAAGCCCCUUUACGUGGCACUGGCCCAGCGUAAGGAAGACCGUAAGGCCCACCUCGCAUCCCAAUACCUACAACGCGUAUCGAACAUCCGGAUGCAGCACAUGGGACAGGUAUUCCAAGCUGGUGGAGCGGGCAGCUACUUCGUGCCAACGAUACCUCAGCCACAGCGCUUCUACGGCCCAGCCCAAAUGGCCCAGAUUAGGACGACACCGAGGUGGCCGGCCCAACCAGUCAGGCCCAAUGCUCAGACGGGCAGCUCGGGCUUCGCUGCCAUGCAGACGCCCUUCAGAGCCACGCCAAGGGCUACCGCUGCCCAAGCUGGAGCAAUGCGCAAUCCUCUAUCCGCCAGACCCAUAACAGGACAACAAGCUGUUGCUGGGGCAGCCAAUAUGCAAAAUCGCUCGAUGGCUGGACCAGCCGUAGGCGUAUCGCCUCAGUCGCGGCCGUCUAAUUACAAGUACACGCCGAAUAUGCGCAACCCACCGCAGGCAAUGGCCAUGCCAGCCCAGAGCCCGGUACAGCAAGCCGUACACAUUCAAGGCCAAGAACCACUGACAGCCUCGAUGCUCGCGGCAGCUCAGCCUCAGGAACAAAAGCAGAUGCUGGGCGAGCGUCUAUUCCCGCUUAUUCAGUGCAUGUACCCGAACCUAACGGGCAAGAUCACGGGCAUGUUACUCGAAAUCGACAAUUCCGAAUUACUGCAUAUGCUCGAGCACGGCGAGUCGCUCAAAGCUAAAGUGGAGGAAGCCGUAGCCGUGCUACAAGCACACCAAGCCAAGCAGGCCGUCGCGUCGAAGAAGGAGUAGAUUUUCUAACUUUUGUUUUUCCCAUUCCUCCUCCACGCCACCCAAACCCCAAUAAAAACUCUCCUCCUUC